AUGGCAGAACAGGUGCUUAUUCGCCAGGGCGCUGAGGCCCGGGUGUACAAGACCGAGCUAUCCGGCAGAGCAGUUAUCGCCAAGCAGCGCUUUUCAAAAAAGUACCGCCACCCUGACUUGGACCGCAAGCUGACUCGCGGGCGUCUCAACCAGGAGGCACGGAGUCUCAAGCGGUGCUUGGAGCACAAUAUCCGUGUGCCCGAGAUCAUCCGCGUGGACAAGGACACAGCGACGCUGUACAUGGAGUACGUCGCAGGCCCGACUCUCAAGGAGUGGAUAUUUGACAAUAGCAAUGAGCAAGAGGAGAGGCAGUUGAUGACGGUUGUUGGAAUGAUUCUGUUCAAGAUGCACUCCAACAACAUUAUCCACGGCGACUUGACGACCUCUAAUAUUAUCAUUGACGACCAGGGCGAGAUGGUGCUUAUUGACUUUGGGUUGAGCCAGAUUUCUGUCAGUGCUGAGGACAAGGCAGUUGAUCUGUAUGUCCUUGAGCGUGCCUUCAUCAGCACCCACCCCAACUCGGAGCGACUCUUUGCGUCGGUGCUAGAGGCAUAUGGCGCUGAGGACUCUGCGGCCGAGCCGAUCUUGAGGCGGUUGGAGGACGUGCGUCAGCGCGGUCGCAAGCGCGACAUGUCGGGAUGA